GGGCAACCAGUCAGUCAUAUCGUGUGUGCCGCGGAUCUGUGUGUGUACCUACGUUGUGUUGGUUGCUUUGUCUUUAUUAGUGAUAUACGGAGCUUAUGGGCAGCUUUCGAGUGUCGAGGAAGGAGGUGAUACUUCCGCCGCAGGAGACCCGUUUCACUGCUGCAGCUUCCCGGCGACGCUGCAGAUCAGAAUGCGCGCCUUGCUGGACUCGGCGGACCCUGAGAGAAAGGAGGAGAAGAAACGCAGUGAAAGGAAGGUGCGCGAGGCCGUGCGAGGGCGCCCCAUCUAGCCAGGUCCCAUCAGUCUGCAGUGACCCGGUCGUCGUCCGUUCACCGCCAGCAGUUCGCCACUCGCCCCCCGCAGCCUGGCGUUACACCUGUACAUGGACACCGCGGCACUGAGAUUCACCCAGCUGCAUAUUCCGCUAUGUAUUCUGGUCAGGCUAGCGAGGUCCUCGAGAAGCACUGUUGCCACUCAAGAUGUUGCCACGGUGAGGCGGCUGUAGCCUUGCCUGGUGCGCUUCUCCCAACCACGUAUCUAGGUUCGAAUCCUCUCCAUGACGACUUGACACACGACCGACUCGAAUGCGUAUGCACCCUCCAGUGAUUGCGUACGAUGCGUGACAUUAAAGGCAACACCCAGUGGAGGUAUAACGUGGAUGAUGAUACGGUAGCUGUGUGGCUUUGGAUAAAUGGGUGAGUAAGCCGCCACCCACUCAGAAAGCAAGAAAAACGGUCGGGAUGAGAGUCGUGGUUAAGCGACACAUCACAUACGCCGCCCACACACAGCUCAGCCCUCGCCACUCGAGCAUCAGGGUGAUAUGUGAGGUAAAGCGCUUAAAAUGCUCGUGUAAUAACCAAACGCUAAAAAUAAAUGUGUAAUAACUGCGCUUGCAGAACACAUGUGAAGGAACCAGCCAGCCAACCUGCACACACACACACACACACACACACACACACACACACACACACACACACACCUGCAUUCAUUACACUAGAGCAUCGUCGGAUUCAUUUUCACAUCUCAGGCUCCCUCAAGGUCACGGGAGUCGAAGUCAGACACCAGCAGCUGAGUCAACAUUUGUAGAAUUUUUCGAGUCCACCACGUAGGAGGCACAGCGGUCGAGGCGCACUGGGCGAGGCCCCUGGCGCGCCCCGCAGUUCGCAGCGGUCAGUGGCCCAGAAGCCUCACACUACGGACCCUCCUGGUUAUAAAUAAUGUCUUAAGAGGACUCAGAGUUGCAGGGUUCUUAACGUGGUCUUCUUGCUGCGGGUGUUUACUUCGUACCAGGCUGAGCUGUGAGGCAACAGGUUGUGUACGUUCACCUCAAGAUUCACUUUUUUUUUUAUCCUUGCUUGUGACCUCGCUCCCUGAUUGUCCUCCUUUGUCUGUCCUCUCCUAUCGCGCUGAUGCUGGAAGGUGCAGGGUUCAUUUUGUUGCGAUUUGUUUUAGUCUAAUACAUUAUGUGAUGUUA